CAAACACUCGAACCUUUUACUCGAUCAACAUCAACCAAACCCCUAUCUGUGAUUCAAUCUCCGGUAUCUCAAAUCACAACUCUCCCAUGGCAGAAAAUGGUGAAAAAUCGGAAGUCAAUAAUAAUUCUUAUCUGGAGGUAAGUUGUAGAAGUUCAAGCAAGAUCAGAAGGUUUUCUUCGGGUACGGAGGCCGGAUUUGCAUUGAAUUUGAUCAACAGAAAGCUUGAUGAAGGAUUGCCGCAGGCGUUGUAUAUAGAAGCAGUUAAAGAAGAGGAAGAGCCAAUCAAUUUCGGUCCUAAUUCAGUUCUUGUAUCUUACGGCCAUGGAUGGAAGCUGCGGACAGUUACUGAAACCGAAGGAGGUCCAAGAGCUAGAACGAGAACCAGAAGAACAUCAAACCAAGAAUCAUCCUCACCGGGAUUUGAUGAUAUGCAAUCAACAAAAGGACUAUUACCAUCUGUUAUAGGUUAA